AUGGAUGGCUUUCUUGCUGGAUCAAACUAUGCCAUCGAAUCGGAUGACAUAUUUACAGAAGCACAUAUAAGAAGGAAAAACCAUCAAUUAAAAAUAAAGGAAACUACUGCUCAGUUUGGGGUUGGAACAGAAAACAAGGAGUUGAAGUAUUUUGGCAUCAAUGCAGUUAAUUUCAAGAAAAAUUUAUUGGCUUUCAAAUAUGAUCAAUCCAUUGUGGGUGCUAUGCCUAAAUAUUGCUUCAAAUAUACUUAUGCUGAGCAUGGUCAUGACCCGGACUACUAUAGAACCUUGAAAAGGAAGUUAGCUGAAAUGCAAAAUGGAAUUGAUUUCGAAGAGGAAUUGUAUUCUAUACUAUCAAAUAAAGAACUAAAAGAAUUGAAUCAUGAGGAGAAGGAUCCUGAAACCUUAGAUGAUUCAGAUCUGGAAGAAUUUGCUAACUCAAUGAUGCAAGAGGAAGCCUCUCUACGGCAAGAAAAUACUCCAAGGGCAGAAGUACAGGAAAGACCGAAAAAUCUAAACCUAAAUCUAAAACAAAGCUAUAUCACUGUUACAGAGAAUUCAAUUCAAAAAACCGGGUCAUCAAGUUUAAUCACUUUCCCAUAUAGUAUUUCAGAUUGUCAACCCAUCGUACUGAAUGAAACUAGUGAAACCUUAUUACUAGUUGUGUUAUCGAAUGGUAUAAUGUAUUCGAUACUACCAGGUGGACCAGGACAACAAGGUUGUACCAUACAAUAUUGGGUCCUGGAAUCAGCAUCCAAGAAAUGGUCUAUCAUGGUUCAUCCAAAAAAUGAAAAUUUCGUAUUGAUCGAUAAACAAAAUGGGAAAAAAGAUGGCCUGUGUAAAUUUUUUAAAUUGAAACCACAUAGUAAACUUUUUGGUCUAGUUAGUAAUUUGUACUUACCUGAUUCAGACAUUAUAGAUGCCAAUUUCUUCCCGAAUGAGUCGAAAAACCAUUUCCUGUUAUUCAUUGCGCUUGUAAGAUACCAAAGGAAGGUACAUCUUUGUAUUGAAUGGACAGACAACGGUGAUGUUGAUAGGAGAGAAGAAGAGAAUAAAAAAAAUGUGCAUCAAUUGAUUUAUUUAAAUGGAGAUAUCAUUAAUGGGUCAAUACCAAUAUCCCAUAAUAAAUGUUUAGCGUAUACUUCAUCUACUAUGUCAAUCAUCUCUGCUAACCAAAUUAUGUCCGGUGAAACAUUUUCACAAACUUUAAAGAUAAACUGUCUGAGAAAUAUUAAAUCAUCAUUUUAUGCUCCUGAAUUAUUAACAAAAUUGCAAACGUUAAACAAACAUACUUUUGGCAAAUUCCAAUUCUGUAGCGUCAUCGCCACAUCUACGGGAAAUAUAAGCUUCAUGCUUUCCAAUGAUGCGGAAGAUAUUGAAUUUUAUUCAUUGACAAGAUUCAAAGGUUUGAAAUGGAUAUGCUCAUCAAUUGAUCAACCCACAUCUGAAUUGAAUUAUAACCUUAUUAUUAUUAGUUUUGGUAGAACUUUGAAAAUAACAGUAAAUCUAAAUGAUAUAAAACUUCUACAUGAGAAAGCCCCAUCAAAUAUUUCAUCGUUAUCAGGAUUGGUUACAAAGACAACAUUAGCUAGCUCCACCGAGCAAAACACAGGUAUCAUAUCAAUUAACCCAUCCAAGAAUUACAGAAGUGAUACAUCUGAACUUUGGUUGACUUCACCUUCCACAUUAACUCAACUGAAUAAUAAUUACCCAGCGGCCAAGACUCAUUUGUUAUGUACCUUAUCGAUUUUCCAAGAAUUUAGUAAGAUUAUACUAGUUGAUUUCUCUGAACUGGAACAAUCUAUUAGAUCAAGGAUUCUUCUGCGCGAUGAGGACGAGGACGAUGAUGAGAAUGCAGAUUUUGCGAAUCAUUAUUUAAUCAUUGGUACAAAUUAUCCAUCCAUUUCCAAAGCAUAUGUUUUAAAUUUAAGUGCGUCUAAAGUUCCAAAAUUGUUUGAAUUAGAUGAUAUCCUUUGUUGCACAACAGAUGAAACGUUACAUUUAUAUUUCACUGAAAAUUCAAUGGUUCAAAUAACACGACACUCUGUGUUUGUGCUACCGUUGUUGUCUUUCAAGAGCAGUAUCGGCGAUGACGUUGACGCAAACACUUCAAUUAAAGAGUACAAGACCUCAUAUCUUAUUGAGGGCGCCGCAUAUUGCUCUAACAAAGUUAUCUUAUGGUCAGUUAAAAAAAAUCGUGUCGAGGUUAUUGAUGACAUUGAUAAUUUGUGCAAUGGAGAUAAAUAUACUGUAAAAAAUGAACCUAACAUGGAACUGCUUUUGAAACAAUUGCGUAAUGAAUUUGUAAAUAUUCACCUAUUCAAUGGCUUACCAAACGAUAUUAAUGGAGGUUCUUGUAAUGGUGGAUUUUAUGUUCUUUUCUUUUAUGGGAAGAUCGUAAAGGUGUUUAAAUGGGAUGUCUUCAAUACAAUAUUUCAAGAAUUUGAAUUACCUUGUAAAAUGGUAGUUGCUAGCGAUUGUAUUAAGUUCGAACAAUAUUUCGUUUCACUUUUAAAUGGUUCUGAAAUGAUUAACCCUUGUUCCCAAUCAAAACAUGUCUUACCAUUAUUAUCAUGUAAUUUCAAUACAGACGUUGAAUUAAGGAAGAUAUCAGACAAGUAUAAAUUUCUCAUAUUUUCCACGAACGAGAUACAUUUAUGUGAUCUUAAAUCUCCAACACCCCAUAGUGAGUUGAAAAUUCCAAUGACGAAUGGUAAUAGUACUAUUACUAAUAAUAAGUGCAAUCCAAUAUUAGACGUUCAGACUAUAAUAAACGACAAUAACAGCCCUUUUUUCAUUUUAAGAUCUGAUGGGUUACAAAUUGUUAAAUUAUCAUACAACACAUGGAAUUAUUCCAAUUAUUUACUAAAAUCUACUAGAAAUGUGAAUAAGACAUUUUUUUUCUUGGAUAAAAUUAACAGAAUGUUAGUUAUUAAUCGAGAUUCAUACGAAUGGGAUUGUAUUAAAUUGACGAAUGGUAAGAUAUUAAGUUUGAACUCUUCCAUUUUACGAGAUGUUGACAAUGAAUCUGCAUUGUUGGGUGCUACUGAAGUACGAACAGCGAGGAAAGAUGAAGUACUUAUAUUGCUAAAUUAUGAUUCGAUGAUAAAAUUGAUUAAAUUAUUACCGCAGAAGGGGAAUUUAUUAACGAAGGAGGUUUGCAUUUACAAAUUUCAAAAUAGAAUUCUCGGCCAAGUUUUGGUUAAUAAUGAAAAGGGAGAAUGUUAUGUUUUAUCAAUUGGUGAUACUGGGAAUAACUCAUCUAAUUCAUCCAAUUCUGAUUCUGAUUCUUACCGUGAUUCACGGAAGUUAGAUGCAUUUAUAAAAUUGAAAAUAUCUGAUGAUAAAAUCAUACCUUUGAGUGAAUUACGUUUUAAUGGUAAGGGUCAAAUAAUUCAGUUUGAAGUUUGUGAUGAUAAUAUAAUUAUGAGUACUACCAAAGCUGAGGAUGUUUACGUUCUCAAAGAUUAUUCAAAACAAGCGCUGGAUGGUGAACCAAAAUUAUUGAAAUUGAAUACUGGAUCUGGUAAAAUUGGACGUAUAAAAGUUCUUGAUGAUCAUUGUUUUCUUGUUAUUGUCCAUAAAGAAGGUGAAACCAAUUGUAUAUCAUCCAUGUUGUUUUAUAAGAAGGAUUCUAUACAGCCGUGUGUUGUUGAAAACGAGGAAUCAUAUAUUGAAGGCCGGUUAUUAGGUAAUGAUGAUGAUGAUGACGAUAUGCAUAUUUCUAUUUUCGAUAAGGCUUCUACAUUGGCUACAGGUAAAGAAUUAGAAAAUAGAAUCUUUUCAAGUAUUGAUGCUAUAAUACAUACUAUUGAAUAUAAUGUAGAAGGUCUACGGGGAUUCUGGAAUUCUAGAGCGGAAAUAGAGAAGGAUGAUGAAUUAGGAAAUUAUAAGAAUGAUGGAGAAGAGGAAGAAAAAGAAGUGGACGAAUAUAGGCAGCAUAAGAAGGAAGUGGAAUUAGAAUUACCAAAACUUCGAUCGCCAUACCAGACUAUACGGCUUGAUAAAAUUCCAGUAGAUAUUACAUAUAAUCGGGAGACUGGUGUAUUAUACUGUCUUUGUUCAGACCAAACUGUUCUAAAGUUUGUUCCUCCUUCUUUAGAAGGUUAUAAAUCAAGAACUAAAUUACGAAGCUUUUCAGAUAUGAAUAAUUUUGGUUAUAAACUUACAGAAACCGGAAUAUGGGAAGCAGAGGAAACCUUUGGAUCUCCCAUUACGGGAAUUGUGAAGUCAGAUUUCCAAGAAAGCAGCAAAGAGUGUAUACACUGA